AUGGGUGCGGCUGCGCUGGAGGCCGCCGCGCAGGACGCUGCGGGCGACCCCCGCGUUGCCAGCCACGUGCUGGGGGCCCGAGCGCACCUGGCGAAGUUGGCGCCGUACGCCACGCAGCAGCCCGAGGCAGCGAUGCCAGGGAUCGCCAAGAGCCUACAGGCGCUCAUCGCGCUCUUCCGCCGCACUCGGGGAGCGCAGCACGUUUGGAAGGAGGCGCCGCCAGAGGUCGAGGCGCUGUUCGCGCUUGGCCCCGAGCUGCUCUUGCUGCGGGACCUCGAGGCGCGCAUGGCGGAGUUCUCAGCAUGCUGGAAGGCGUGGGUCGACGAGGCGUUCGCCCACGGGGCCAACGGGGCUCAACGCGCUACGCGGGUGCUGGAGCGCUUCGAGGUGGCGCGUGCAAACCAUGACGGUGACCCUGCGCAUCUGGCGGACCAGGCCAUGAUCGAGCGAUGCUGCUACAUGGCUGCGCUUCCCCCGGUCAGCGGCAGCGACAUCAGGAGGGUGGUGGGCACCUUCUCAUGGAAGACCGCGGUGCUCGCGGUCCUGCUCGCCCGAUGCGAGGAGCUCUUGAGCUGGCCGUCGGAGCGGAUCGUCAACGUGAUGGUCCGUUUGCCGAAGCCCGACGGCGAGGUCUGCCGCCUGAUCACCUUGGCUAACACGCUCAGUCGGGUGUGGGAGAGGGUACGCAAGCCUCUCUCGCAGCAGUGGAUCAGGGACAACCCCGAUUACACGAUAUACGUCUUAGGCAUGAAGCGCGGGGCGACGGCCACGGCGUCGGCGUACCGCCACGAUGUCCAGGCCGAGACCGCCCAGCUGCGGGGGGAGGCCAGUUGGACUGUGAUCAUGGACCUGCACAGGAUGCCGAGGGUGCUGCAGGCGUACGGCUGCUGGAGCCGCAUGGUGGCGUCCAACCGCAGCAUCCUCGCGGGGUGUACCCACGCCGCGGCCCUGCUGACGGUGCUGCUCAUCCAGGCCGUCGUGCGCCUGCGCGCCAUCGCGAACCAGCUGACCCUGAGGCCCCCCGUGGACGACCUCACCAUCCAGUGGAUCGGGCAGGUUGGCGACGGCGGCGUCAGCAUGUUGCGAAGGGCGGCCCGCGAGUUCACGGAGCAGGUGCGGCCGCUGGGCAUGCAGAUCAAGCUGGCCAAAUCAGGCAGGCUCGCCACGUCGCAGGGCGCCAAGAAGGAGUUUCGGCCCGCUGCCAGAGCCCCGGCGCUGCCCGAGAGGCAGGGUUUCGACAACCUCGGCCGCGACACGCACGGCGCGGCAGUGCGGAG